UUAACUCCAAACUCAUGAAUUCUCUUAAAAAUAGUUAUUUUUAGUUUCUUAAAACAAUGCAGCAAGCCCACAAAGCAAUAUUGAAAGUCCGGCAUUUUGCCGUGCGAACACCUGCACUUAGAACACUUCGGUCGAUAAGCACAACGAGUGCCAACAGGAAAAAACAUGAUAAUGUUGCUAGCAAUUCGUCCAGAUCUGCAUCCACUACGUCCAGCUCACAACAGCAAGCUGUUGCCGCUGCAGCAAAAGCUGAACCUUUCCUGAGCGGAAGUAGUUCUGUGUAUGUUGAAGAUAUGUACGAAAGCUGGCUGCAGGACCCAAGCACUGUACAUAAGUCGUGGGACGUUUACUUUCGCAAUGUCAAUUCUGGUGCCUUGCCUGGUGAAGCAUAUCAACGACCUCCGUCACUAGGUGGCAGUGCAGUGGUUCCAACGGGCACAUCCAGUAGCCUAGCAACGCAGGGGGGAUUAUCUGUCGAGAAUGUGGAUAAACAUCUCUCAGUGCAAGCUUUAAUCAGAGGAUACCAGGUUCGAGGCCAUUACAUGAGUUAUCUAGACCCGUUGAACAUAUCUCGAGUAUCACUGGAAAAAAUGAACGAAGAUUUACUUCAUGAUAAUAUCUUUGGCGGAAAGAUGCCUUUCAGUGAACAAGACAUGGAACAGGAGUUCAUCCUUCCUCACACAACAAUGAUUGGCGGACAAGAAAAAUCUCUCAAAUUGAAGGAAAUUAUACACAGACUAGAAGAAACCUACUGUGACAAGAUAGGAGUGGAAUACAUGUUCAUCAACAACAGGGAGCAAUGUGAUUGGAUAAGAGAAAAGUUUGAAACUCCAAGAAUUAUGGAACUCAGUGAAUGGGAACAACGGUUGACGUGGGAACGGUUGCUAAGGGCAACAAGGUUCGAAGAAUUUCUUGCCAAGAAAUGGACGAGUGAGAAACGUUUUGGUUUGGAAGGAUGUGAGAUGCUGAUACCUGCUUUGAAGACUUUGAUUGACAGCGCAAGCUCGGCUGGAGUUGAUAGUGUAGUAAUGGGAAUGCCACACAGGGGCCGACUGAAUGUUCUAGCAAAUGUGAUCCGAAAAGACCUCGAUCAAAUUUUCUGUCAGUUUGACUCAAAACUAGAACCAAAUGACGAAGGGUCUGGUGACGUCAAAUACCAUCUCGGAAUGUCUCACCAGAGGAUUAACCAUGUCUCAAACAGAAUGGUCACUCUUUCUCUUUGUGCAAAUCCAUCCCAUCUUGAAGCUGUUGACCCGGUCGUUCAAGGAAAAACCAAAGCUGAGCAGUUUUACCAGGGAGAUACCAAAGGCGAAAAGGUGAUGUCUAUCCUCAUGCAUGGAGAUGCUGCCUUCGCUGGCCAAGGAGUCGUUUAUGAAACAUUUCACUUGAGUGAUUUGCCAGCUUAUACCACUCACGGCACUAUCCAUGUUGUUGUGAACAAUCAGAUUGGCUUCACCACUGAUCCCAGGCAUUCAAGAUCCAGCCCCUACUGUACUGAUGUGGCAAUGGUCGUGAAAGCUCCGAUAUUUCAUGUAAAUGCUGAUGAUCCAGAGGCUGUCAUCUAUGUGUGCAAGAUUGCAGCUGAAUGGAGAAUGCGUUACCGCAAGGAUGUCGUUAUCGAUUUAGUCUGUUAUCGAAGGUUUGGACAUAACGAGAUGGACGAACCAAUGUUCACGCAACCACUAAUGUACCAAAGGAUUAAAAAACAUGCAAAUGUGUUCAAGCUUUAUACAGAGAAGCUGAAAGCAAGGGGUCUCGUUGACGAUGCCACCGUUGAAACGAAGCUCGAUGAAUACGAAAAGAUUUGUGAGACUGCGAUCGAAAAAGCUAAAACUGAAACUAUGCUGCAAUUUAGACACUGGCUUGAUUCCCCAUGGAAAGGAUUCUUCAAGGACCCCUAUGGCAAGGUCGAUUUGAAGGUCGCGGACACAGGACUUCCAGAAGAAGAGCUAAAACACAUAGGGGAAGUCAUGUCACAAGCAUCGGAUAUGAAUAUUCAUCCGGGACUUAAAAGGACGUUAAAAGCUCGAGGAGAAAUGGUUGCAAAUCGGACUGUAGACUGGGCACUUGCCGAAGCCUUGGCGUUUGGGUCGUUACUAAAAGACGGCACUCAUGUCAGACUUAGCGGACAAGACGUUGAAAGGGGCACUUUCAGUCAUCGUCAUCACGUUCUUCAUGAUCAAAAAGUUGAUAAGAAGACUUACGUUCCUCUUAACCAUGUAUCUGAUAAUCAAGCACAAUACAUUGUCUGUAACUCAUCACUGUCUGAAUAUGGAGUUCUAGGGUUUGAGCUCGGAUACUCAAUGACGAACCCAAACUCUCUUGUACUAUGGGAAGCUCAGUUUGGUGAUUUCAUGAACACAGCCCAAUGCAUUAUUGAUCAAUUUAUCUCUUGUGGUCAAGCUAAAUGGAUGAGAAUGAGUGGUCUUGUUCUGCUAUUACCUCAUGGAUACGAAGGCAUGGGACCUGAGCAUUCAUCUGCCAGACCAGAAAGAUUCUUACAGAUGCAGAAUGACGAUCCAGACAGUUUCCCUGUGUUUGGAGCCACUGAUGACUUUGAGGUUCGUCAACUCCAAGAUGCAAACUGGAUCAUCAUGAAUAUCUCAACACCAGCCAACUAUUUUCAUGCAUUGAAGAGACAGGUUGCACUGCCAUUCAGAAAACCGCUUAUCAUAUUUUCUCCAAAAAGUCUCCUUCGUCAUCCAGAAGCCAGAUCUUCGUUCGAUGAAAUGUUGUCCGGGGAAAAGUUUCUGAGGAUUAUCCCAGAAAGUGGUCCGGCCAGUGAAAACCCGGAGGAAACUAGAAGAUUGAUCUUCUGCACUGGAAAGGUGUAUUAUGACAUCAAAAAGGAGCGCGAUGAACGAGGACUCACAAAUGACGUGGCCAUCACCAGGAUCGAACAAAUCGCUCCUUUCCCAUUCGAUCUUGUUGAGAAAGAACUCGAAAAAUAUCCGAAUGCACGAAUCGACUGGACGCAAGAAGAACACAAGAACAUGGGUUUCUAUGACUACUGUAAACCUAGGAUAAGGACGACCAGCAAGUGGUCAAGGAGAGUACACUACACCGGCCGUCAGCCAGAAUCGGCGCCAGCAUCCGGCAGCAAGGCCUCCCAUAUCAUACAACAGAAGAAAUUAUUGAAUGACGCUUUCAGAAAAUUAUAAUUACAGUUUUUGUUGAAUAGGUAGGGUGAAUAAAAUUGGGGAUUCCCCUCUAAGGGAGGAUUUUAGAAUUUAAAAAAAUUUAAAAUUCAAACAAUUUAAAAAAUGACUGAAGUUUUUUUCACGAAUAUUUUUCAGUGUUCCCCAAUUUUAUUCAUUCUGCCUUUAAGUCACUCUUUCCAGUAUCUAGUGUAAUAAAUGUAUAAACUCAUAAUUCCUUGAGGAAUUUUUUUCAAAAAAAGUUUUUUUUCGGUGGUUAAUUUUGUUUUGCAUAUCUAGAAAGUUUCAGUUUUUUGUUCUAAGUAAUUCAUUUAAGCUUAGCGACUAAUUUUUCAUUUAUGAAUAAAGAUGUAUUUUUGUUAAUUUAGGGACUCUCAUCAUAAAAUAAUUUAUAUAAAAUGAACAUUGAAUUUUUCUGUGUAGCUCCUGUCGCGUAUAUUCACUUAGCAAACUUGUAUUUUUGUCAAUUUAAACAGGUUUCAUCGUAGUUUAAUUUAUAUGAAAGUGAACAUUUAAUUCUUCCGUGUAGCUCGCUUCAUGAUAUUCAUAAAGUAAACUUGUAUUUUUGUUACGCACAUCGUAACUAAUUUACAUGAGGUGAACAAUUUUUUUGUGUAGCUCAAAUUUGUGAUAUUUACAAAGUAAACAUUAAUUCAAACAGAAUAUCAUCAUUAAGGCAAUUUAUUGUUAGUAUUUGUUAAGUACGCAAACAAAAUGGAACUCUCUGCCUGUCAGAACACAUUUUGGAAUCAAUAAAAUACAAAGUAAACAUUUUUUCUGUGUAGGUUUGAGUUUUUGUUUGUGCUGCCAAAUAUCUGGACGAUAUAGCAUAUACCUGACAUGUGAAAGCGUUUUUGAAUGAGCUGAUAUUUUUGAACUUAUUUAAUGGUAUGGGUUGACUGUUAAGGAAUGGUUGUAUUUUGGAUGCAUUUUUUGAAAAUCUAUGAUCUAUCACAUAGGUUUUUCACAAAAGUUUGAGAAACCCUUAUCUAUCAUAUAUUGAUAACAUGAAUGGUUUGAUAUGUUUGAGGUCACUAAAUUCUGAACAUCGCUAGCCUUGGAUAUGUGGACAUUGCAUGUCAGAUCAUCUCAUCCAUUUUUAGUGGCUAAAACAGUAUUCACGAUAUCUAUUAUUAUACCAUUAGCGUUUUGCACAUAUUUUUCGAUAAGUUCAAGUUAUAAGUUUCAUUUAAACUCUGAUUGCAACAUCCUCUAGUUUUGGAUAUGUUGACAUCCCAUGUUUGGUCAUAACACAAUUUACUUUGCUGGUGGCUUAUAUGCAGUAGUGGGAUUCAACCGGUUCGCACCGGUUCUAUAGAACUGUCUCACAGGAUUUUAUGAAAUCAGCGAACCGGUUAGAAUUACUAAAAAACAUGUAACAGAAUCGACUGAAAAAUAUGACUUUUUUAAUGGAACCGGCUGACAAAUAAUUUGAAUCCCACCACUGUUUAUAACUGUAUAGUCAUACCAUAUGGCAUUUUACACAUGAGUUUAAAUUCUGUUUUGUUAAAAGUAAACUCUGGACAUCCUAGUUUUGGAUAUUUUUCAUCCUAUUCUGUAUUGUAACUCUAUUUUCAUGAUGUUCACUAAUCACCAUUUUUUCAUUUGGUUUCGAUUGCUCUGUAUAUGCAUGAUUUUUCUCAUGUUUCACCUACAAUAUGUAAAUAUUUCAAAUUAAUAUUUUACUGUAUUGUGUACUCUGAUAGGAACCGUAACAUCUGACGAAUGGUUAAUAAUAUAUGAAAUCGAUCAAAAUAUAUAUCCAUGCAGGAGCUCCCAACAUAUGCAGCUUGACUUUCCGGUGGACUUAAUGUUUGCUUAUUUGCCCCAAAAUGUGUUUGUGCCUUUUAAACUACCUACAUAGAAAGUAAACUUACAUAGUGUAAAUACUGUGAAUAUGUGUACAAACACUAUGUCAGUGUUGGACACAGUUGUGCGACAUGUAUGCGUCACAAAUAUGAAAAAACCUCAGGACUGCUACCCAUGUAUGCCUAGCCUUCAAGUAGUUGUUUUUGGACAUUUUACAACCCCCGAAAACAUAUUUUUUUUAAACUUGGAUUUCUCAGAAAGCUGGAAUUGUUUUGUGGACUUUUUGAACUGGUACAGUUGAAUUGUUGAUUUUUUUUUUUUUUGGCACUGUUCAUAACUUUGUUCAUUUUCCUCAAUGCAUAGCGAUUUAUUGUAAAAAUAUAAGUUUCAAGCACAUUGUAA